AUGGCCGCGGCCGCCGAGCUGCUGCGGAAGGCGCUCGCAGCCUGUGGUGAGGAUGCGGCCGUUGCAGCACAAAGGCUCGAGGCAGCGCUCUUCGCGGAGCAUGGGAAGGCGCGCCGCUACCAGGCGGAGGUGCGCCGGCUCUGCACGGCCUUGCGCGAGGCUGAAAACGCCAAGUGGUUGCAGGAGCUGCCGAGGCGCCCGGAGGCGGCGGCGGAGCUCGUGCGGGCUGCGCCUGAGGAGCUGCUGCCGUCGGCCAAGAUGGCGCGGCUCCAGGAGCUCAGGAAGGCGCCCCCGGAGGAGAGCGGCACGGCGCUGACGCGGUUCACCGAAGUGGAUGAGCGCCUUCAUUGCGUGGAGUGCGGCAAGAGCGGGGUGCGGUUCCAGCGCCUUGCCACCAGCCGCGAGGGCUUCAACAAGGCCGAGACGUGGGGCAGCGGCGAAGACAAGGGUGAGCGCUGUCGGGGGCACUGUCCCCACUGCCUCGCAGAGUGGAACUUUGAGCUCUGA